AUUUGCUUCCGAAAUCGCACACCGAAUUUGCAUCCAAAGUGUACUGGGAUAGUUUUUUUAAAAAACGAGGAAGAUUGGCCUUCGAAUGCUCAAAUUGCGUGGUCCAUCCAACUUCCCGGCUUUGACUUUUGAGGGAGAUCAUAAUCAUACACAUAGUCAUAUAAUAUUAAAGUCCUAGUCAAAUACUAUGGGAGCUAGAACGUACUGGAAUUCGGAAACAUACAAGUAUGGUGAGUAUCCUCAACUAUGUGGACUGUUACACAAGUAUAUUCGGACAUCAGAUCAACUGUUGGUUGUAGGUUGUGGAAAUUCUAGCCUGAGUGCAGAUUUGUAUGAUGCUGGUUUUCAUCAAAACAUCAGUAUUGACAUCAGUGAUGUUGUGAUUCACCAGAUGAUUGAAAAAUUUGCUGAAGGUAGACCAGGAAUGGAGUAUCAAAAAAUGGACAUGUUGGAAAUGACUUUCAAAGAUGGUGAAUUUGCUGUGGUCCUAGACAAAGGUACUCUGGAUGCAUUGAUGACAGAUGGUUCAGAGGAAACAGUUCAGAAAAUAGAAAAAAUGUUUGGUGAAAUUAAAAGAAUACUUCGUUUAGGUGGCCGUUAUAUCUGCAUAUCAUUACUUCAGGAACAUAUAUUGGAGAAGUUACUCUCCUGGUUUACUGAUGAGGGUUGGAUAGUUCGUAUUCAUCGAUGUACAGAUGCAGAAGAAGAAUCUAAUGAAGAUCAGUCAUCUGUGAUAUUUCCUGUUUUUAUGGUGGUGUGUACUAAGUUCAAGAAACUCCCUGGAACACAAAGUGUGCUUGAGUUGUGUUUGAGUGAAGAUGGAUCACCUGUUCGAUUAGAAUCCCCAGAUGCUGUGAUAAAAUCUGUUCAGUCUUUACAACACUAUGCUUUUCUUCGUUCCAAACUAUCAUCUAAACAGCGUGGAGAAGUUACAGUGGAUUUAUAUGAUCCACAAAGCGACUCUCCUCGAUAUAGUUUGUUUGUGGUGGAUAGAAGAAAAGCAUCAUCUUUAAAGUUUGCUAUUUUCAUUGUUCCUCAAGGUAGGGAAAGUGAGUGGUUAUUUGGCACACCAUCAGGAAGACAGCAUCUUGCUCAGAAUGCCGAUGCUAAUCGAUUAGUUGUUGUCCAUUUAACUAGAAAUCACAGCUAUAACAGUUUAGAGGACGUGAAAGCAGAACUGUCAAGUAAAGUCAUGGAAUUGGCUCCAGCUAAGCUUGAUCCGAAACUCCAAAUACCAUUUUUGUCUGUGGGAGAAGAUGUUGGGAGUAGAGAAAUUUGUUAUCGUGGUUACAGCAUUCACAGUGGAGAAUUUUUAAUUGAAGAUGUCUCAGCAGAUGGUGGAUUGUACAGAAGACUUAUCUUCCUGAACAAUCCAAGUGUAAUUCAGUCUGAAGCCAAACUGAAACAAAUAACACAGAAGAAAAAGAAAGGGAAAAAAUUAUACAAAACUGUGAUUGAUACAAGCUUCUUAUCAUGUCAGCAUCAUGCUUUCAUGGUUGCAGGCUUAGGAUUCUUGGAUCAUGAUGUCACAGAACAAGAAACAAAACUUCUUGUCAUUGGCUUGGGAGGAGGAGGAUUGGUGUCAUAUAUUCACAACAAUUUCCCAAAGGUGUCCAUUGACUCAGUGGAGCUAGAUCCAGCUGUAGUGUCUGUUGCUAAAGAAUGGUUCAGUCUAAAAAUUGACAACAGGCUUGUUGUUGAGGUUGCUGAUGGAAUUGACAUCAUUAAUAGAAAAGCAGAAGAAGGAAAACACUAUGAUGCCAUUCUCCUAGAUGUUGACAGUAAAGAUACUAGUGAGGGGUUGAAUUGCCCACCUGCUAGUUUUGUUACACCAGAUAUUCUUCAAAAGAUAUCUACCAUUGUAGGCCCUUCAGGUUUAGCCAUGUUCAACUUAGUGUGCCGCAAUGAAUAUUUCAAGAAGAAGGUCCUUUCUGUGCUGAAUUCGGUGUUCCAGUCUGUCUAUAGCAAGAAAAUUCCAGAUGAAGUGAAUGAAAUAAUUUAUGUGUUCCUUUCCAGAGAUUUCAAAAUAAGAGACAAUACUGUUAAACAAAAACUCUGCAAACUCAUGAAAACUCUAAAAAAGGAAAAAAAUGAAGAAGAUCUUGUAGAUAUUACAAAACUGAUGAAUGAAAUAAACAUAGUUCGGUAGCUUCUUGCAUGAGCUUCAUUUCAUUUUUCUGUUGUAAUUAUUGUUAAUAUUUGACAUGUAGGUUUAUUCUGUAAAAACUGAUAAUACAAUAGGUUGACAUGUUCUUAUCUUUGAGGGAAUGUCUAUUUCCAAAAUUUUUUUAAUAGAAAAAUGAAAUUCACUUGUAGUAACAUCAAUUUAAUUCUAUUAUUAAUAUUGCAGUAAAAAGGGUGUUUAAAGAUGACUUAAAUUGUAUACUGUAUAAUUAUUUUUGAACACCUGAUAUCUGCUUUGAAUCUAAAAGAGAAAAAUAACUUAUCCCAUAAAAACGUACAACAAUACUUAAAACAUUAAAAUUAAGAAGUGCCAAAUAUAUGAAAUGACCUAUAGCUCACUUCUAGGUUUCAAUUGUUUUCUUUGGUUUCAUGAAUAACAUUUUGGUUCUAAAUAUUAUGCUUAUCUAGUUUGUUAUGUAGAUAAUGUAUAGAUAACCUGUGUGACGGAUUUAUUAUUAUACAUUUAUUUUAAUA